UUGGGGGGAAGUGGACUGGGCUUCACAAUAACAGGAGGUUUGUUGGAGUGAAAAAAACGGCGAAAAGAAUCCACCGUGGAACGAAAUCCUGUAUAGUUUUGAACUGUGGACAUUUAAAAGACCAUCUGUGCUGCCUUCGAGGUGGACUAAGUGAAUCAAAGUGAACGGAAUUAACAGCAUUAAAGCAGCGGGACUUGUGUUGGUAGCUAUACGUGCGGUGGAAAAAAACAUAGCUGGCCAGCUACUGUACUAAAGAGAAGGAAACACGGGGCUUGGAAAAGCACUGACUCAAGGCUCCACUCGAAUCCCGGAGCUUGCUUAAUGAAUUAUGUCUGCCACAAGCAUUGACCCUCAGAGAUCAAAAGGACAAGACUCUAAAGUACAAAAUGGUUCACUUCAUCAGAAGGAAACUGUCCAUGACAACGAUUUCGAACCCUACCUCACCGGCCAGUCUAACCAGAACAACAGCUAUCAAUCCAUGACGGACCCUUACAUGUCCAGCUACUACGCCCCCUCCAUUGGGUUCCCAUACCCACUCAGUGAAGCCCCUUGGUCAACUGGCGGGGACCCCCCUAUCCCUUAUCUGACCCCCUAUGCACCCUUGAGCAAUGGAGACCACCACUUUAUGCACGACACAGUUUUCGGACAGCCGGGGGGGUUGGGGAGCAACAUCUACCCCCACAGGUUUAACUUUUUCCCCGAGAACCCAGCCUUCUCUGCCUGGGGCACCAGCGGCUCCCAGGGCCAGCAGACUCAGAGCUCGGCCUACGGCAGCAGCUACAGCUACCCGCCCAGCUCGCUGGGGGGCACCCUGGUGGACGGGCAGACGGGCUUUCACAGCGACACUUUAAACAAGGCCCCCGGCAUGAACAGCAUCGAACAGGGCAUGGUGGGGCUGAAGAUCGGGGGCGACCUGACGGGCUCCGGCGUCAAGGCCGUGGGCUCCAUGAUCGGCGGGGCGGUGGCGGGCAACGGGAGCGCCGCCCUGGGGAUGCCGCCGCCCAAGCCCACCUCCUGGGCGGCCAUCGCCAGCAAGCCCGCCAAGCCGCAGCUCAAGGCCAAGGUGAAGCCGGGCAUGCCCAUGCCCGCCGGCGCCCUCCCGCCGCCCAUCAAACACAACAUGGACAUUGGCACCUGGGACAACAAGGGGCCCGUGAGCAAAGCGCCGCCACCCCUGCACCCGCCCCUCCCUCUCCCCCAGCAGCAGCCGCUGCCCCUGCAGUCCCCGCAGUCGCUGGCGCAGCAGCAGAUGCAGCAGCUGCCCCUGCAACCCCCCCACCAGCCCCCGCCUCUCCAGCCCUACCAGAACCACGCCCAGGGCCUGCCCCCGCAGACUCGCUGGGUGGCGCCCCGCAACCGCAACCUGGGCUACGGCCAGGGCGGCAGCACCGACAGUAGCAACUCUUCCAGCGGGGGCGGGGCUCCGGGCUCCGGCGGGGUGGGGCCCGGCGGGGAGUCGCACCCAGUGCUGGAGAAGCUGAGGGCGGCCCACAGCUACAACCCAAAGGACUUCGACUGGAACCUGAAGAACGGCCGCGUGUUCAUCAUCAAGAGCUACUCGGAGGACGACAUCCACCGCUCCAUAAAGUACAACAUCUGGUGCAGCACGGAGCACGGCAACAAGCGGCUGGACGCUGCCUUCCGCGCCAUGAGCGGCAAGGGCCCCGUCUACCUGCUGUUCAGCGUCAACGGCAGCGGCCACUUCUGCGGGGUGGCCGAGAUGCGCUCGCCCGUGGACUACGGCACCAGUGCCGGCGUCUGGUCGCAGGACAAGUGGAAGGGCAAGUUCGACGUCAACUGGCUCUUCGUCAAGGACGUGCCCAACAGCCAGCUCCGGCACAUCCGCCUGGAGAACAACGAGAACAAGCCGGUCACCAACUCGAGGGACACGCAGGAGGUGCCCCUGGACAAGGCCAGGCAGGUGCUGAAGAUCAUCGCUGGGUAUAAGCACACCACCUCUAUUUUCGACGAUUUCUCCCACUAUGAGAAGCGGCAGGAAGAAGAGGAGGUGGUUCGCAAGAACUUUGAACCCGCGCCCAUCCAGAAUCGGUCUCGAUUGGACCAGGAACGCCAAAAUCGAAGUAAACAGUAGAAGACUGUACACUUGGCUCAGUCAAAGGUUAUACUAGGACUGACACUUUGAAAUUUAAGUGACAUAAAAGAAAAAUGAAAAAUAAAUCCUUUUUUUUCUAUUUAAUUCUGGUGACUUCGGCCAGCAUUGAGAACUUGUGCUUUCUGCUCCAGGUACUUUUCUUGUGCAGGGACAAAGCUGGUUCAUAUAUCAAGUAGCUUCAGCAGUUUGUUUUGUUUUGUUUUUCUUUCUGUUUGAUUUCUGUCUUUUAGUCAGACUGGUCCCCCCCCCUUUUAUUUAACAGUGAAUCAGGGUUCUGCAGCACCUGUAAUUACACCUGGCCAGUUCAUAUUUUGUACAAUCAAGACACAUGAGUUCUAGCCUUGUUGUCCAGAGGGGGGCAGUGUUGCAGUGUUAUGGGUGUAAGUUGUGUGGCCAGGCUGAAGAUGUUUUGGCAAUAGAACUGGACAAUGAGAGAUUGAAUGACCUAUGACAAAUUUUGAUGUAAAACUAUAUUUUUUGAAUUAUGUAUUUCUUGGCAUAUUACUGUUGUGACAACUUUAAAAGGUCAAUUCAGAAAAUAUGUGCUUAUUGUUUUUUUUUUUGUUUUGUUUUUUGGAGCCUUAAUAAUAAUUCUUUUGAAAUGAUGAAUGACAUGGAAAAUAGAAUAAUCUUUACUUAAGUUGUAACAGUACUAGUGAAUCAGGGAAAGAGGCUGUCAUGGACAAACUGUUUGCAGAGAAGUUCUAAUUUUCUCUGCUUAUGGAAGAGGAGAGAAGACAGGGAUGCUCUUUUUGAGGUCUGGUUCAGAUCCUAACAAUACAACUCUGAAUUAUGUUUUGUUUUUUUUUCCUGCUUUUUUUUUUUAAUGGUGAUGUAACUUUUACUGUUCCAUGUUUUCCAUCAGGGCCUUUGCUCCUGGGUUUA